AUGGAACCAGCCACUAAGAAACGAAAGCUGGCUCCCAAGGUCACAACAUCCGUCGAAUCCAGACCUCAAAUUUCACAGCAUCACCACGACCCUCCUCCGCACUAUCCGGUACCGGAACCACUCCUGGAACACCAUGCCUUCGAAUCUUUCGCCCGACAUCUCCAGGAUGCUGCCAUGCUCAUCCAACGCCAGACCGAGCGGCCACCAUAUAGAGAGGUUUCUGUGCUCCUCCUGAAGUGGGAUGACGACAACUCCUCCGACGAAGAGACCACCGUGCUCGAAAGUGUACUGCGCAACACGUACCAUUAUCAUACCCAGCGAUGGGAGAUACCGUCCUGCCCAAACCCCAGCAUCAAGCUUGGUGUGCAAAUUGCGUCUUUCCUGGAAAACCCGCGACCGGAUCAUCUGCUGAUUAUACAUUACGCUGGGCAUGGCUUUGUCGGACAGGAUGGGCAGUUUUACUGGGCGAGCAGCGAGCGAGACGACUCGUCAAAGCUCAAGUGGGAUGGAGUCCGAUGCUUGUUUGAAGAUGCGCAAUCUGACAUGCUUCUACUUCUUGACACAAGUGCAAUUCCAAAUUCGGGCACAUCAGGCUCCCACGGUGUCAAACAAGCCAUUUCCGCAAAUAUGAACAAGCAGGAAGCACGCCAGACUAAGCUGCUGUCGCUUACCGCAGCAGCAGGGGAAUCGCUGCGCAACCUCAGCAACGCUCAAAGCUUCACCGCCCGCCAGCUGUACGACGAAAUUAGGGUCCUUGUUUGCACGACCUUUGUAGGAGACGCCAGCCCGGACAUGUCCUCAUUCCACAAGUGGCUGCAGACACCUCCACUGAUGGGAGAAAAGAUCUCGGUUGAAGGCAUGUUUCUGGGCCCGCCCCUGAUGCUCCUGAUCUCGAUGCCCCACGCAGUCUGGAAUAUUGUGCAGCAUGAUAAGGUCUGCUGCUUCCUUGGGUAUAUUUCCACACACAACAUGCUCCACCUGUAUGGCAAGCUUAUUGGGCCUACCUCGCAUCUCGAAAGCUCGGCGCACGCGUCGGAAAACUGGCACCCGCAUUAUGAGGCUAGGAAGUCGGCUGUCGAGGCACUAGCCCGUACCACUGAACACGAGCGUUGUCCGUCCAAAGAACAACCCUUGCUUCAGAUGGGGAGGAGCGCUGGCCUUGCGUCACUGAAGCCAAAGGAAGAGCAUGAGGGCACGGCCGAAAUGCGAGAGGCUGCAGAGCAGCUCAAAGCUCUCAGUCAUGUGGGACACUUGAGUGAUGAAUCUACCCCAACGUCAGCGCGGCCACGCACCAGCUUGCCCAAUGGCUCUGCUCAGUCAGACCAGUCUUUUCGCGAGGGGGACGAAAGUACAUUUGGGUCGAAGAAUGAGUGGAAGCGUCACAUCACCUCACAACAUCUAUGCCUGCAAUACUAUCGAUGCUCGGCCUGUCCCAACAGCAGUGUGGAAGGGAAGGGGAGCGAGUUCAACAGGAAGGACCUGUUCACACAGCAUCUUCGGCGCAUGCACGCACCAUUCCAGGUCAAAAGGCCGCCAUCCAAGGUCGAUAACAAGAUCGAGAUUGACUGGGAAGUGCGAGUGAAGCAGAUGCAGGAAUCGUGCUUGGUACAGCGGCGCCAUCCUCCUCAGAAGGGAGCCUGCCCCAAGCUCGGAUGUUCCAACAUGUUCGAGGGUCAUACUGCCUGGGAUGAAUGGACAGAGCAUGUCGGACGGCAUAUGGAGAAGGGGGAGGCGGGCGGAAUCGGUGUCGAUCAAAACCUGAUUGACUGGGCUUUGCAGGAGAAAAUAAUUGCUUCGAAAGGCGAGGGCGAAUACCGACUUUGCUACCAUGGAGCCAGCGCAGCGAAUGGCGCAAGCAACGAAAACAGCUCACCAGUUGCUGCCGUGAAAAAGGAUGAGAAAACAGGGUACAAAGACAAAGAUUCAGAAAAAAACAUGGAGAAGGAAACAGAGUCCCUUUCGGCGUCAACGACAACGUCCAUGGCGUUGUCGCAACCUGCUCCGACUGCAGGGACAUCGCAAACUGAACUGGACGCAUCCCCGAGGGGCGUCAAAGCCAACUCGCCCACUGACGGCGACGAGAUGAUAGCGAAUGGAUUCGCGCCACGGGCGCGCUUGAGGGGACGACGGUGCGUGUCGCGAGCAUUCACGACAUCAUCGGCACGAUGGAGUACCGCCUACGACAGCACGAUACCAAACUUGCGGAUCGGCAAGGACACCAAAGUUAUCUUCCAGGGGUUUACGGGAAAAGCGGCUACUGCGAAUGCCAAAGACACCAUUGCUUACGGCACCAGCAUUGUUGGCGGGGUGUCGCCUGGCAAGGGCGGGCAGACGCAUCUUGACAGACCUGUCUUUGAUUCUGUGCGUGAGGCUGUUUUGGCCGUCAAUCCUGACGUGAGUGCGGUCUUUGUGCCAGCCGCCUUCGCUGCCGCCGCCAUUAUCGAGUCCAUCGAGGCAGAGAUGCCGCUCGUGGUCUCGGUAGCAGAACACAUUCCCGUCCACGACAUGCUGCGCGUGCAAGAGGUGCUGAGAACGCAGACCAAGACGAGGCGAGGCUGUGUAGGGAUCGUGAGCAAGAGUGGCACGCUGAGCUACGAGGCUGUCGGUGCGACGACCAAAAUCGGCCUGGGCCAGAGUCUGGUCAUGGGCAUGGGGGGCGACAUGCUCCCCGGAACGACGCUUGUCGACGGCUUGAGGACGUUCUUUGACCACGAAGAGACCAAGGGUAUCAUUGUCAUUGGCGAGAUCGGAGGCGACGCGGAGCUCAAGGCUGCGGCUCUGAUUAGAGAAUACCGUCGCUCGACUGCGAACCCGAAACCCAUCAUCGCCAUGGUCGCUGGGCGCAUGGCGCCUCCUGGGAAGAUAAUGGGCCACGCUGGUGCGAUUCUUCAGGCCACCGAGGUAUCGGCCGAGGACAAGGCACGAGCUUUGGCUGAUGCAGGCGCCGUGGUCGUGCCGCAUCCAGGAGUUAUGGGCGUCAAGAUGGAGCAGCUCUUAAGGGCCCAAUGA